GGUGGGGGACCUGGUGGGCGGUCAGGGCACGGGCUGCGGGCUCUCUCGGGUACCAGCCCUGCCGCACCCCGCUGCGCUCCCGCACCCGCGGCCCGCCCACCGCGCCGUUCUCGCUCCCGCAGCCGCAGCCGCACCCGUAGCCCGGUGGCCGCCCGGCGGCCUCCCGGCGGCCUUCCGGCGGGAGCGAGCAGAUCCAGUCCAGCCCGCAGCGCAGCUCAGUCCAGUCGGGGUGGGUGAGGGGCGGCGGUGGGGGAGGGGACGACUUGGCUGAGCUCAUCCUCCCUUGGGUGGGUGUGGGGCGGGGCGCUCGAGUAGGACCCGACGCCAACGGGAGGGGGCUGACCUGUGCUCUGCCCACCCCAGGCGGCGGCUGCGGGCGCAGAGCGGAGAUGCAGCGGCUCGGGGCCACCCUGCUGUGCCUGCUGCUGGCGGCGGCGGUCCCCACGGCCCCCGCGCCAGCUCCGACGGCGACCUCGGCUCCCGUCGAGCCGGGCCCGGCUUUCAACUACCCGCAGGAGGAGGCCACGCUCAACGAGAUGUUCCGCGAGGUUGAGGAACUGAUGGAGGACACGCAGCACAAAUUGCGCAGCGCGGUGGAGGAGAUGGAGGCAGAAGAAGCUGCUGCCAAAGCGUCAUCAGAAGUGAACCUGGCAAACUUACCUCCCAGCUAUCACAAUGAGACCAACACAGACACCAAGGUUGGAAAUAAUACCAUCCAUGUGCACCGAGAAAUUCACAAGAUAACCAACAAUCAGACUGGCCAAAUGGUCUUUUCAGAGACAGUUAUCACGUCUGUGGGAGAUGAAGAAGGCAGAAGGAGCCACGAGUGCAUCAUCGACGAGGACUGCGGGCCCAGCAAGUACUGCCAGUUUGCCAGCUUCCAGUACACCUGCCAGCCGUGCCGGGCCCAGCGGACACUCUGCACCCGGGACAGUGAGUGUUGUGGAGACCAGCUGUGUGUCUGGGGUCACUGCACCAAAAUGGCCACCAGGGGCAGCAAUGGGACCAUCUGUGACAACCAGAGGGACUGCCAGCCGGGACUGUGUUGUGCCUUCCAGAGAGGCCUGCUGUUCCCUGUGUGCACACCCCUGCCUGUGGAGGGCGAGCUUUGCCAUGACCCUGCCAGCCGGCUUCUGGACCUCAUCACUUGGGAGCUGGAGCCUGAUGGAGCCUUGGACCGAUGCCCUUGUGCCAAUGGCCUCCUCUGCCAGCCCCACAGCCACAGCCUGGUGUACGUGUGCAAGCCGACCUUCGUGGGGAGCCGUGACCAAGAUGGGGAGAUCCUGCUGCCCAGAGAGGCUCCCGAUGAGUAUGAAGUUGGCAGCUUCAUGGAGGAGGUGCGCCAGGAGCUGGAGGACCUGGAGAGGAGCCUGACUGAAGAGAUGGCGCUGGGGGAGCCUGCGGCUGCCGCCGCCGCCGCACUGCUGGGAGGGGAAGAGAUUUAGAUCUGGACCAGGCUGCGGGUAGAUGUGCAAUAGAAAUAGCUAAUUUAUUUCCCCAGGUGUGUGCUUUAGGCGUGGGCUGACCAGGCUUCUUCCUACAUCUUCCCAGUAAAUUUCCCUUCUGGCUUGACAGCAUGAGGUGCUGUGCAUUUAUUCAGCUCCCCAGGCUGUUCUCCAGGCGUCACAGUCUGGUGCUUGGGAAAGUCAGGCAGGGUUAAAGACAGGACCAGGGUGUCACCCCGUCCAGAUUAUUGACUGCUUUGCCUCUACCGGUUGGCAGACAGCAGUUUGUUCUACAUGGCUUUGAUAAUUGUUUGAGGGGAGGAGAUGGAAAGAAUGUAGAGUCUCCCUAUGAUGGGUUUUGGGGAAAUGUGAAGAGUGCCCUGCUUUGCAAACAUCAGCCUGGCAAAAAUACAACAAAGGAAUUUUCCACGCAGUUCUUUCCAUGGGCAUAGGUAAGCUGUUGCAGAUGAAAUGUUCUCUUUACCCUGCAUUACAUGUGUUUAUUCAUCCAGUAGUGUUGCUCAGCUCCUGCCUCUGUGCUGGGACAGCGUUUUUCGUAUCCACAAUCAAUUCCCUCUCUCAGCACAGCCUGGGGAGGGGGUCAUUGUUCUUAUCCAUCGGGGAUCUCAGAGGCUCAGAGACUGCAAGCUCCUUGCCCAAGUCACACAGCUAGUGAAGACCAGAGCAGUUUCACCUGGUUGGGACUCCAAGCUCAGUGUUCUCUCCACUACCCCAUACCAGCCUUGGUGCCACCAAAAGCACUCCCCAAAAGGAAGGAGAAUGGGACUUUUCUUUUGAGGCAUGCACAUCUGGAAUUAAGGUCAAACAAAUUCUCACAUUCCUCUGAAAUUAAACUUCUGUUAGGAACAGCAGUGUUCUCACAGUGUGGGGCAGCCAUCCUUCUGAUGGAAACAAUGGUUUUGACACUGUCCCUCUUUGGCAGUUGCAUUAGUAACUUUGAAAGGUACAUGACUGAGCAUAGCAUAUAGGUUAACUUGCAGAAACAGUAUGUAGGUUAAUUGUAGGGUGAGGAUUAUAAAUGAAAUGUGCAAAAUCACUUAGCAGCAACUGAAGACCAUUAUCAACCACGUGGAGAAAAUCAAACUGAGCAGGGCUGUGUGAAAUAUGGUUGUAAUAUGCAAACUGCGAACAUUGAACUCUACGCCACUCCGCAAAUGAUGUUUUCAGGUGUCAUGGACUGUUGCCACCAUGUAUUCAUCCAGAGUUAUUAAAGUUUAAAGUUGCACAUGAUUGUAUAAGCAUGCUUUCUUUGAGUUCUAAAUUAUGUAUAAACACAUGUUGCAUUUAGAAAUCAAGCAUAAAUCACUUCAACUGCU